CACUCUCCCUUCUCGCUCCAUAACCCAACGAUCAGCGCCUCAUCUCCUUUCUCUGUUACCAAGCAAACACAAACACUAAUCUCCUUAGCGUCUCUGGUUUCCUCCGUAGAGUAGAGAAAGAAAGAAUGAGUUCCUCAGCUGGUGGUGGAAAGGGCGGGAGGGGGAAGCCCAAGGCCUCGAAAUCGGUAUCUAGGUCUCAGAAGGCCGGCCUCCAGUUCCCUGUGGGAAGGAUCGCUAGGUUUUUAAAGGCUGGCAAAUAUGCGGAGAGGGUUGGUGCUGGUGCUCCUGUCUAUCUUGCUGCUGUACUGGAAUACUUGGCUGCUGAGGUGUUGGAGCUUGCUGGGAAUGCAGCGAGGGACAACAAGAAGAAUAGGAUAGUUCCGCGGCACAUUCAGUUGGCGGUGAGGAAUGAUGAGGAGCUCAGCAAGUUGCUCGGCACUGUCACCAUUGCAAAUGGAGGAGUGUUGCCUAACAUCCAUCAGAUGCUGUUGCCAAAGAAGGCUGGGAAGGAGAAGGGUGGCCCUGGCUCUGCUUCUCAGGAGUUCUGAAGUUCUGUUUUUUUUUUUUUGGCAAAAUGUGAGGGGGUUUUGGACAUCAUCGUUCCCCCUAUCAUGGAUCACUUAAAGCUCUGUAUUUUUUUCCCCUUCUCUUUUGGACUUUUUAUGCGGCUUUUGCCCUUUGUUUUAUGUACAUCCAGAGCAUAAGAAUGAAUUGAAUGGAAUACAUUUCUGCCCCAUUCAGGUGUUGCGGAUUC